AUGCUCCGCCUGCCGCGGACGAUGGUCACUGUCCACGGCUACCUGGCGUCGACAUGGAACAACUAUCCACUGGCGGUAUACUUGCGGACGAGCGACUCGUCAGCCAACGUGGCGGCCUUUGGCUACGACUCGCGGGCAGGUGUGCUCGCCGACCACGCCACGGCGCUACGGCGAUUUGUGGACACCGCCCUCAACUGCACCUCGCGUUGUGGCGGACCUGAGCCUCCACUCGGCUUUGUCACACACUCCAUGGGUGGUCUGGUCCUGGCGGCGGCGCUGGCCGACGUCGCGGCUCUGCCGCCGGAUCGCCGCUCGCGCGGCGACACGCUCCUCGCAUCUGCGCCGACGGUCAUGAUCGCGCCGCCGCUCCGCGGCUCGCUUUGGGCCGCCUCGGUCCAUGAGCUUGUCGGCCUAACCGUUGUCGCUGGCCCGGGCACUGAGCUCGCAGCCAUGGCCCGCUCGGUUGAUCUCGCCGCCCGCUAUGCGCUUCCAUCUUCACUGCCGCUGCUGGUGGUGACCGGCGAGAAGAGCUGGUCCAACCCGAUCCUAUCACGGCUUGCCGAUGGCCGCCCGCAUGACGGCACCAUUCUCAACGACGAGUCGAUUCCGCUUGCCCGCGACGGUGACAAUGCCGGCGCCGACCUUGCCUGCGCCCGCAUGCACGUCCCCGGCGCCGGCCACAGCCUCCUCCAGUUCCGGCUCGACGUCAUGGAGGGCGUCACCGAGUUCCUUGCAAAGCACAGCGGGUGA